GUAGCUAAUAGCAUUCCAUUUGGUUUGCCUUGUUCGAUAGAAAAAGGGAGUGAGCAGAGCGGAGUGCAGAGCAACGAGUGUCUGUGUGUGUGAUGUGGUUGGAUAUUGACUUCCAAUCACAUGGCUUCUUCUCUUCCCUCUUAUUUCACACACCUUCCUCUUCCUUCACUUUCAACCUCUCACUCAGGUGAGAAGCGCGUGGAUGACGAUGAAUCGCGCGUUCCGAUUCACAUCGUGACCGUCGCGUCUCAACUUCCCGUUGAAUUUUUGGAACCCUCGCCGCAAUCGCAGCUUGUUAUUGGUUUUGACUGCGAGGGUGUUGACUUGUGUCGCCAUGGCACUCUCUGCGUAAUGCAGCUUGCAUUUCGUGAUGCUGUAUACCUGGUUGAUGCAAUUGAAGGGGGAGAGGAGCUUAUCAAAGCCUGUAAGCCUGCACUCGAGUCUAAUUACAUCACAAAAGUGAUUCAUGAUUGCAAACGGGAUAGUGAGGCAUUGUACUUCCAGUUUGGCAUCAAGUUGAACAAUGUGGUGGAUACCCAGAUUGCUUAUUCACUUAUAGAGGAGCAAGAAGGACGAAAGAGACUUCCAGAUGACUACAUUUCGUUUGUUGGUCUCCUUGCAGAUACACGUUAUUGUGGCAUAUCAUAUCUUGAGAAGGAAGAAGUUCGUGUCCUCCUUCGACAGGACCCCAUGUUUUGGACAUACAGACCUUUAUCUGAACAGAUGGUCCGUGCCGCUGCUGAUGAUGUUCGUUUUCUUCUCUUCAUCUAUCACCAAAUGAUGGAGAAAUUAAAUGAGCAGUCUUUAUGGUAUCUUGCAGUUCGUGGUGCCUUGUAUUGCCGAUGUUUCUGUGUGAACAGCAAUGAUUAUGCAGAUUGGCCAUCUCUACCUCCAAUUCCAGAUAAGCUUAAAGUUGAUGGAAAUGGUCCUGAGGAAGAAAUUCUUUCAGUUCUUGAUGUUCCACCAGGAAAGAUGGGACGUGUUAUUGGGAAAAAAGGGGCGACAAUUUUGUCAAUUAAGGAUUCUUGCAAUGCGGAAAUUCUCAUUGGAGGUGCCAAGGGCCCACCUGACAAGGUCUUCAUCAUGGGACCAGUGAAGCAGGUGAGAAAAGCCGAGGCCAUGUUACGAGGUAGAAUCUUGGAUAUGUAGUAAGGAAAUGCUUUACUUCUCUGGCAACCAAACUUCUGCAAUAAAUUAUUUUUCUGAGCCAAUAGUUACUGGCUUACUGCCUCUGAUACUUGGAAUGAGGUAGUGAGAUGGGUGUUGUUCAAUACUUGGGGUUCUUUUUUCCAUGGUUAUAUCUGCUGGAAAAGAGGGGGAAAAUUAAAGAAAAAAAAUAUAUCAAGUUUUAAUCAACUAAACUGAAUAAACUUUUUCAACUCAAAUAUUGAGAAUUUUAUUUCAGUACUUAUCAC